CACAGGCGAACUGUCCUGUUCUCUCGGACUGCAGGAAGGAUCCGGCCAACAGUGCCCCUGCCUACUGAGGAGCCCAGGAUGUUCCUGAAGGUGGUGGCGCUCACCCUGGCCCUGGUGGCUGUCACCGGAGCCCGGGCUGAGGUCAGUGCAGACCAGGUAGCCACUGUGAUGUGGGACUACUUCACCCAGCUGAGCAGCAAUGCCAAGGAGGCUGUGGAACAACUCCAGAAGUCGGACAUCACCCAGCAGCUGAACACCCUCUUCCAGGACAAACUUGGGGACGUGAAUACAUACACAAGUGACUUGCAGAAGCAGCUGGUGCCCAUUGCCACAGAGCUGCAGGAACACCUGACCAAGAACUCAGAGAAGCUGAAGGGGGAGAUUCAAAAGGAGCUGGAGGACCUGCGUGCCCGCCUGAUGCCCCACACCAACAAAGUGAGCCAGAUGAUUGGUGACAAAGUGCGGGAGCUGCAGCAGCACCUGGAGCCCUACGCUCAGGAGCUGCACACCCAGGUCAACACACAGACAGAGGAAAUGAGGCGCCAACUGACUCCCUACAUGCAGCGUAUGGAGACCUCAGUGCGGGAGAAUGUGGACAACCUGCAGGCUUCCCUGAUGCCCUAUGUCAAUGAGUUCAAGGACAAGAUCGACAGGAACGUCGAGGAGCUCAAAAGGAACCUUGUGCCCCGUGCCAACGAGCUCAAGGCUAAAAUCGACCAGAAUGUGGAGGAGCUGCGCCACAACCUGGCCCCCUUUGCAAAGGAAGCGCAAGACAAGCUCAAUCACCAGCUGGAGGGCCUGGCCUUCCAGAUGAAGAAGAACGCCGAGGAGCUCCAGGCCAAGAUCUCUGCCAACGCUGACCAGCUGUGGCAGAAACUGAACCCUUUGGUGAAGGACGUGCACAGCAAGCUGCAGGGCAACACGGAGGGGCUGCAGCAGUCGCUGGCAGAGCUGAGCAGCCAGCUGGACCAGCAGGUGGAAGAGUUCAGGCUCAAUGUGGAGUCCUAUGGCGAGAUGGUCAACAGAGCUUUGGUACAGCAGAUGGAGCAGUUCAGGCAGCAGCUGGGCCCCUAUGCGGGGGACAGGGUAAACCACCUGAGCUUCCUGGAGAAAGACCUGCGCGACAAGGUCAGCUCCUUCUUCAGCGCCCUGCAGAAGAAGGAGGAGAGCCGGGAGAAGCCCUUAGCCCUCCCGCUCCCAGAGCAGGUCCAAGAGCCGGGCCUACUCAGCCCUCAGCAGAGCUGAGCUGUCCCUGGUGUCCUGGCCUCACCAAGGCAGACACCUGCCCCGCCCUGCCACCUGUCUGCCGGUCUGUCACUAAGCACUUCUGGUAUGAGCUUGAGGACACAUGUCCGGUGGAAAGUGAUGCCCCUUAUGGCUACCCAAUAAAGUUGCUGAGAAAUUA